AUGUCUCAAUCAACUUACUCCUCCAUCGUUCUUGCAAAACGCCCAAAGGGGCCUAUUCUCCCCGGAGAGACGUUCACCACGAAGAGCAAUCCUAUGAUCUCAGAAAAUGACUUGAAAGAUGGCCAGAUUCUAGUCGAAGCUCUCUAUUUGUCUCUCGACCCCGCCAUGCGCGGCUGGCUUAAUGAUAUCCGCUCCUACCUCCCACCCGUCCAAAUCGGUGAAAUCAUGCGUGGAGCGGCAAUCUCAAAUGUCAUUGCGAGCAAGUCGUCCUUGUUCCCGGUCGGCUCUCACGUCAUUGCCAAUAUUGGAUGGACCGAGCUAGCCAUUGUUGACGAGAAAGAUCCUGGCCUGAGUCUCGCCCAAAUCCCGGAGAACGGCAGAGUGACAGACGCCCUCGGCGUCCUAGGUCUCACCGGCAUGACCGCCUAUUUUGGCAUGCUGGAAGUAGGCCAGGUUAAGGCAGGCGACUUCGUUGUCGUGAGCGGCGCAGCAGGUGCCACAGGCAGCGUAGCAUGCCAGAUUGCGAAGUUGAAAGGUGCCACGGUUUUGGGUAUUGCAGGAAGUGAUGAUAAAGUUGCGUGGUUGAAGGAGUUAGGCUGUGAUGAUGCACUGAAUUAUAAAGCUGCUGAUUUCAAGACCAAGUUCAAGGAGAGCACUAAGGGCCUUAUUGAUGUUUUCUUUGAUAACGUGGGAGGGGAGAUCUUAGAGCUGGCAUUGACUAGGGCGAAGCAGCAUGCGAGAUUUGUUAUGUGCGGUGCUAUCUCGCAGUAUAACUCCACCCAACCUCAGGGACCAAAGAACUUCGGAUAUGUCAUAACUAUGCGGAUCCGACUCCAAGGCUUUAUUGUCUUCGAUUAUCAAAAGCAAUAUCCCACCGCAGCUAAAGAUAUCGCGCAGUGGCUUGCGGAAGGCAAACUCAAGCGAAAGGAAACAAUUAUCAAGGGAGGCUUGGCGGCUGCCCAGCAGGGACUGGUGGACCUUUAUGAUGGUAUCAAUACUGGCAAAUUAUUAGUGGAGGUGAAGGAGGACAAUGGCGAAGGUGUUGGGUCGAGGCUAUAG